AGGACAACCAGGUGCAUUAGAGAUUAUUCCUACACACUUGGUGGUUAGAAGCACAUGCUGCUACAGCUCCAGUGAGUUCCCUGGCUCAGAGCAGCAAGGAUAAAAAGACGACUUCGUAAAGAGAGGGUUACAGCACACCCUGAAUAAUGUACGACCCAACAGUAAAAUAUCAACCAUGCAGUACCGCAGACACACUGGACACUAUCAGUAUGACAGACAAGCAGCCCCAGACCAUCGUCCAGAUGGUGGAACCUCUAGCGAAUGGUGAAGUUAAGAAAAAAGGUCUUAAAAAGAAGCUUUCGGGAGCUGUCCUAAGUUUUUAUAACAUCAACUACAAAGUGAAGGUGAAAAGUGGAUUAAUAUGCCGCAGAAAAGUUACGGAGAGAAUAAUACUGAAUGAUGUCAAUGGAAUUAUGAAGCCCGGGCUUAAUGCGAUAUUGGGGCCAACCGGCAGUGGCAAAUCAUCAUUGCUGGAUGUGCUUGCUGCCAGGAAGGAUCCCAACGGUCUCACAGGACAGGUGUUAGUAGAUGGGGAACCCCAGCCACCCAACUUUAAAUGCCUCUCUGGUUAUGUUGUUCAGGAUGAUGUUGUUAUGGGAACAUUGUCGAUAAGAGAGAAUUUACAGUUCUCUGCAGCACUAAGGCUACCAAGGUCUGUAAAGCAAAAAGAAAAGGAUGAACGCAUUAAUCAAAUCCUCAAGGAGCUUGGAUUAACCAAAGUGGCAGAUUCUAAGGUUGGCACCCAGUUUAUCCGCGGGGUUUCAGGAGGAGAGAGAAAAAGAACAAACAUUGGAAUGGAGUUAAUUACUGAUCCUGGCAUUUUAUUCUUGGAUGAACCAACAACUGGAUUAGAUGCUAGCACUGCUAAUGCUGUUCUGCUGCUGCUAAAAAGGAUGUCAAGACAAGGCAAGACAAUCAUCUUCUCUAUACACCAACCUCGAUAUUCCAUAUUCAGGCUUUUUGACAGCCUAACUUUACUGGCUGGAGGAAGCCUGUUAUUUCAUGGACCUUCUGCAGAUGCUCUGGAUUACUUUACAGGGCUGGGAUAUGAGUGUGAAUCCCAUAACAACCCUGCUGAUUUCUUCCUGGAUAUUAUCAAUGGAGACUCAACAGCUGUGGCCCUAAACAAACUGGAGGAGGUUGAGCUAGAAAAUGUACAAAAAGAGGUGAAUGAUAAUGGCUGCAAGACUGUUGUGGAGAAUCUGUCAGCACAGUUCUGCACCACUUCCUACUAUCUGGAAACCAAAUCAGAGCUGGAGAAAAUGUCCCAGGGGAAGAAAGUGAAGAUCAAUUUUUUCACAAGACAAAUUACAUACAAUACUUCCUUUUUACAUCAGCUCAAAUGGGUGUGCAAAAGAUCCUUCAGAAACCUAUUGCGUAAUCCUCAAGCCUCCAUCGCUCAGGUACUGGUUACCUUAGUGCUAGCAUUAAUUGUGGGAGCAAUUUUCUUUGGCGUGAAAGAAGAUGUUAGUGGAAUUCAGAACAGAGUGGGAUCCUUAUUUUUCGUAACAACUAAUCAGUGUUUCAGCAGCGUUUCAGCUAUUGAGCUCUUCAUCGUGGAGAAAAAGAUAUUUAUACAUGAAUACAUCAGUGGGUACUACAGGUUGUCUGCCUACUUUUUCGCCAAGUUGUUUACAGAUCUUCUUCCCAUGAGGACACUGCCCAGCAUCAUAUUUACAGCUGUUCUUUAUUUUAUGAUUGGAUUCAAAGCAACUGCAGGAGCCUUUUUCAUCAUGAUGUUCACCUUGACGAUGAUUGCAUACACUGCUGCAUCCAUGGCACUGGCUGUAGCAGCUGGUCAAGAUGUCGUUGCUGUGGCCAACCUCCUAAUGACUAUUUGCUUCGUCUUUAUGAUUAUAUUUUCUGGUUUGCUGGUUAAUCUGACAUCCAUAAUGAGUUGGAUCUCCUGGCUCAAGUACUUCAGUAUACCUCGAUAUGGUCUUACAGCUCUCCAGGUGAAUGAAUUCACUAACCUCAACUUCUGUCGCAGCAAUAACACUAGCAUCCCAGUUAACCCCAAUUGCACACAAUCUAGCCCUUUCACCACGUGCACCGGAGAAGAGUAUUUAACAGUGCAAGGAAUCGAUUACAGCACAUGGGGCUUAUGGCAGAACCACUUGGCCUUGGCUUGCAUGACUAUAAUAUUUCUAACCAUUGCUUACCUGAAAUUAUAUUUUAUGAAGAAGCUGACCUAAGCCAUGAUGGUCUAAAGUCAGGGCAUUUUCCUGGCAAAGAAAUCCUUGUAUAUAAUUUUUCUGUUUCUAUAUUUAUAAUAUUACUUAUAAAAUCAAUAAUAACCUUAGUGCUUGAUGCACUACUAAACCUAAUUAAUCCUCCAAAGGAGUGGUUUAAUUAUUGCCAUAAAAGCCCUGCUCUGUAGGGUAUGUGUCUUAGGUUUAUUUUCUAUGCUAACAUUGUUUUUAAUGUUACUUUUACUACUACAACAUUUCUGUGUUUGAAAGCCAUUCAGGCCUUAAUGUUCAAACAAACGGUGAGAACAGUUUGAAAGCUGUGUAUUUAACAUCCAUCUGUAUGCACUUACAAACAACAGGGCAUAAAAACCUGUGGGUGUUUGCUAUCCAUUCUGCUAUGUACAAUUGUAUGUUCAUAUAAAUAUGCAAAGAAGGUGAGUGCAUUAUGGAUCUCUGCUAACAUGCGAAGAGCAGCUCCAUUUACUUCCAGAAGUAUUCUAACUCAGUAAUGUAAAAACCUUGUAUCCUGAAUUGUAAUGAGAUGAUUUGUUAUCUUAUAUUAACUCUGUGUUGUCAUAUUUGUUUUGAAGAAGAAAAAAUGUUUUUGUAUUUUGUUUUUUUCUAAACACAAAAAAAUCAACACGUUGUUGACUAAUUUACUAAUGCUAAACUACAACGAAUCUGCUAAAAAAAAUUUGUUCUGAGCUGUGCAUAGGGUUUUCUUGUAAAAUCUACAAGCCAAUGGUUUGAAUGUGCAUCUGUAAGGUUGCACUGCAGUGUCGAUUUCAAAGGAAAAUAAAACAUACUUUGCUAUUGGGA